CCGAUUUCACACGCUACAGGAAGUAACUCCAAUCGUGUGUGGAAUAUAACCUCACGCUAUCGCUGGCGUCCUGAACAGCGGCACAUUUUGAAAGUACGAAGCAGCGAAAGAAAAUCGAGGAUGGGUUACAGCAUUCCGGACUCGCCACGCGGAAAGACUGACGCCGGUACACAGUUUGCGGAGCCAACGCUCCCGCCGUCGAGAAUGGGGCUUCGUGAAGGUUUCCAACAGUCGAUCGCUGCCCGUCGUCGGAACGCGAUCGUGCCGGGCUCUUUGUCGUUCGACGCGAUGGGAUCUCCUCGCUCACCCUUCAUCUUCCUGAGCCAGGAGAACCGCAGAGCUCUCGCUCAGCGUCAGGAACAAGAAGAGCAACAGUCAGGUCGGGAGGACGCACCCAUUGUUGCAAUGCCGUGAACGUCGGAACGUCCACAUCUUCGUGAGACGUGGUGUCCAAGCGGGAUUAACUGUUAACGGAUUUCGAUGAAUUUGUAAAUAUAUAGCUGCCAUUUCAACCAA